CGGCCUUGUCUAAAAAAAACAAACGUCGAAAUCGAUCCCGUCCUCGUCGAGUCGACGUCGUCCAUUUUGUCGUCGUCGUUUGUUUGUUGGCGUGGUAGUUUUGCAGCCGGCAUUAAAAAGUGAUUUUCCUUGCUAAACUACUUAUUUUAAACACCAAUCAAACAAUACAAAAAUGAGCGAAGACGCAGAAAGAUCCAGGGACCGUGCCCGACGUGAAAGACCUAACAGAAAUUCCGAAUCUGUCAGGGAUCGUAGUGUUGACAGAGGCAGGGAACGUGGAAGCGCCAGGUCAUCAACAAAUAGAGUGUUUGUAUCUAAUAUUCCUUAUGAAUUUCGUUGGCAAGAUAUGAAAGAUCUUUUCCGUGAAAAUGUCGGUGAUGUUGCAUUUGUUGAGAUGUUCCUCGAUGACAAUGAUAAACCCAAAGGUUGUGGUAUUAUCGAGUUUGAUGACCCGUCUUCAGUCAAAAAAUGUAUUGAAGUUAUGCAAAGAUAUGAGGUUAAAGGCCGUAAGCUUGUGAUUAAGGAAGAUAGUGGUAAUGUCAGGAACAAGAAUGGCAACAUUGUUGGACGAGGUCAGGAUAGAAAGUCACGUAGGGAUGAAGGACCUCGUUUUAGGGAUGAUGGUGGUCGUAACAACAAUCAGGUUAAUUUGUCGGCUCUCGGAAAUGAUCUCAAGUGGGACAACACAUACGGUUUGAGUGCUCAAUUCCUUGAAUCUCUACAUAUCGAUCCUCCCCUUUGUAACAAGGUUUUUGUCGCUAAUCUUGACUAUACUGUCGAAAAGAAAAAGUUGAAAGAAAUAUUCAGACUGGCUGGUAGAAUCGUAAAAGUUGACAUGUCAUUGGACAAAGACGGCAAAAGCAGAGGUUUUGCUGUUAUAGAAUAUGACCACCCUGUAGAAGCUGUACAGGCUAUCUCCAUGUUCCACAAUCAGUUCUUGUAUGACAGACAAAUGACUGUCCGUAUGGAUCGAGUGAGUGACCACCUUAAAUUACCAGAAGGAUUAAAAUCUGUGGGAAUGGGUUUGGGCCAAAAUGGGGAACCUUUGAAAAAUGUUGCGCAUAAUUUGCCCAACAACUCUGUCGGUUCUGGUCUGUCAGUUGGUGGAGGCCUUCUUGGUUCAGUACCAGGCGCCAACGCUUUACAGGUUGCCAGUGCAUUGAGUGGGCUUGGCGGUGUUGGCUUGAAUUCUCUGACUGCAGCUGGACUUACUUCAAACUUGCUGCAAAAUGGAUUAUCUGGAGGAGCAGACAUUUCUUCUCUGGUUAACCAGAACCAGAACCUUUUGAAUCAAUCUGCUUUACAACAAAAUUCAGGAUCCUCUAACAUGGGUUCUCUUGGUAAUUCAGCAUCUGGGCUAAAUUCGGGACUAUCCUCGGGAUUAGCAUUGGGUAAUUCCUCUGCAAGUGCUAAUCAAGGAUCAUACAAUCGUUCCACAAAUGACGGAUAUAAUCCUAAUGCUCCAGUAACAUAUCCUACCAAUUAUGGAACUGCUGCUAGGAGUUCUUACGGACAAAUGGACAUAAGAAACACAAUGUUGAAAUCCGGUGGCGUUGGAGGAAGCGGUGGAGGGGCAGGCGAUUCUAAACACUUCAACUCGAGAAAAAUCUUGGUAUCAAAUUUGCCGCCAUCCGCCACAUUUAAACUUCUCCAAGAAAAACUGAACGAAUUUGGAGAAUUGACCUAUUUUGAAGAGAAAGGACCAGGCAGUUAUCUGAUUGUGUAUGCCAAUGAAUGGCAGGCUGAGAAGGCAAUCAAGAAUUUGGACAAAGCAAGAAUAGAUGGCCGAUACAUUGAGGCUAGAGUUUAUUACUAGGCUAAUAUGUUUUAGAUUAAAAAUGUAUUUCGUAUUUUAGUGCUAGUUUUAAUUUAAUCGUAGGUUUUAGUGUUUUGAUUUAUGUGACGGUGUUAGAGUGUAUGAAUUUUUGUUUUUAAAAUAUGUGUCACUUAAUUAUCAAUAAAAAACCUAUACAACAUAUUAA